GCCCCCGUUUGGCAUGGCGAGACUGGGCCCAAGAGGGGCUACUGUGCUAGUUGCCUGUUUUCGUUCUUUCCGACUUUACAUAUAGUACUGUCCCCGUACUGAAGACGAGGCAACUGUAGCUUAGAGAGAUGGUAAUUUCCCCCAAAGUUACAAGAGAGUUAAGUGGCAGAGGUGGGGUUUGGCCUGAUCUGCCUGGUUCAAGGCCCCUUCCACUUCUCAUCGUGGGUUGAGGUGGCCCGACCUCGCCGGCAUUGAUACGGGAAUUUAUGGUCGAAUCUCUCCAGGUGUUGGCCCCAGGAGCAUCCCUCUUAGCUGAAUGGGCAGUGGACGAUGCCCCUCCUCACCCAGCAUAUCCAAGAUGAGAAUGAUCAGUACAGCCUUGUGGCCAGCCUUGACAACGUUAGGAACCUCUACACUAUCUUAAAAGCUAUUCAUUUCCGAGAUCAUGCCGCGUGUUUCGCUACUAAAAAUGGAAUCAAGGUGACAGUGGAAAAUGCAAAGUGUGUGCAAGCAAAUGCUUUUAUCCAGGCUGGGAUAUUUCAAGAAUUUACCGUUCAGGAAGAGUCUGUUACUUUUCGAAUUAAUUUAACUGUCCUUUUAGACUGUUUAUCUAUAUUUGGAUCAAGUCCAACGCCAGGGACUUUAACUGCACUUCGGAUGUGUUACCAAGGUUAUGGUUACCCUUUGAUGCUGUUCCUGGAAGAAGGGGGCGUGGUGACAGUCUGCAAAAUCAAUACUCAGGAGCCCGAGGAGACUCUGGACUUUGAUUUCUGCAGCACCAAUGUUAUUAAUAAAAUUAUUCUGCAGUCAGAGGGGCUCCGUGAAGCAUUUUCCGAAUUGGAUAUGACAAGUGACGUCCUACAGAUUACCAUGUCUCCUGACAAGCCUUAUUUCAGGUUGUCUACUUUUGGAAAUGCAGGAAGUUCUCACCUUGACUAUCCCAAAGAUUCUGAUUUGGUGGAAGCAUUUCAUUGUAAUCAGACCCAGGUCAACAGAUACAAGAUUUCAUUACUGAAGCCCUCUACAAAGGCAUUAGUCCUAUCUUGUAAGGUAUCUAUUCGAAUAGAUAACCGAGGAUUCCUUUCAUUACAGUAUAUGAUCAGAAAUGAAGAUGGACAAAUAUGUUUUGUGGAAUAUUACUGCUGCCCUGAUGAAGAAGUUUCUGAAUCCGAGUCAUGAGUGUGACAACACACUGUGUUAUUUAUGUGUACGUUCAUGAUAGGUUAAGUUCUCAUUCUGAGGACAGCAGUCUUUAUAAUUUCUUAUUGGAUUUUCUACAGAGAAGAAGCAUGGAGAAGAUAGGAGCAAGGUCCCUGUAUCCUAAUAGUUCCUGUGUAUUUUGUAAAUAAAUGUUCCCAUGAAGCCAUGGA